ACACUUAGUUUUGUUUUGAGUAUUGCAUUUGAAUGUGGAAAAUUAGUAGUUAGUAGUGCUGUACAUUUGUGUGUGUAUAGAUAAGAAGUCUAAUUGGAAUUUUGUAACUAGCACACCAAAGCAUGCAAACAAGCUGUAUAACUUGCAAAGUAAGCACUUCAAAACAAGGGUAGUACUAAAACUUUCAUUAACAAGGUUUCUGAAAGAGAGAUACCGUGAUCUGACCCAGAGUCAUUUGGCUGAAACAAACAUCCAGUUAGCCUCUUGUAUGCUGGGCGAAGCAGACAAAUGGAUAAGAUUGACUACUAUCUCACUGAGCGAUUUAAUGCAAUUUUGUUAUGAGAAAUGUCGUUUAGUCGUCAGAGGCUGAGUACAUCCUCAGAAAUGCACUAAAUCUUCUCUCGCCUAAUGAGAGAGAGUCACAAGAGUGCUUCUGGACUUAAAUUCUCCUGUCUUGCAUAAAAGUACAAGAGGAAUUUUUGUUUUCCUUCUAUGGAAAAUUAGAGUGCUUUACAAUUUAGCUAUCAUUUACAGGAGCUGCACAACUCCUAAAUUCCAUGCUCUUAUCUUAAACUUGCCCACAAUUAACCUCCUGUGUAGCUAAAUCACUCAUUUAGUUAUUACUUUGUAUUUACUAUUACUUUGAACAUAAAAUAUCCACUUUCUCAAAUAAGUGGUUGGAAACUAACAGCUAUGUGCCGGUGUACACACCACUAUGUGAGUGGGAGAGCUUCUCCUGCCAACAUAGCUACCACUACUCUUCAGGGCUAGAGUAAUUAAGUUGAAGGGAGAGCUCUUUCCCCUUGACUUAGAGUGUCUGCACUAGCAGCGCUAUAGUGAUACAUCUGUGCUGCUGUUAGUGUUGUAGUGCAGAUGUAGCCCCAGUGUUCAUCAUACCAUUGCUGCAAUCCUCGGAAUGAAAAUCUAGUUUUGUAAUGGUGAAUUAAUAUCUAGACGUUACUGACUUUUAGUGAAUAUUUCAGUCCUCCAUAGUUUUGAUGUGGAAAAUUUAAAACUAGAUUACGUAAUUUUUCCAAGCAUGUCUUCUUAAUUUCUGUUUACAUUGUGCUCAUUACAUCUGGAAACUCAUUUAGCCUCUGGUGUUUUUCCUAGCUCCUGCCUGCAAAGUGCUAGUUAUGAAAAGUUCUUUAUUUUUCCAUCAUGAUUUUCUGCUAUUUUGUAUUAAAUAAGGUGUAAAAUUUCCUGCUUAAAGACAUUUUAUCUUUAAUAGCUAUAGGUGAAAGAAAAGGGCCAUAAGUAAGACAGGUAAAUGUAUUCAUGAUUAGUUUUUCUACUGGUUGACUGAGCAUUGAAAUUCACAUUGGUAAUAGUGAGUUUUAAAAUCUGUGUUUGUCUAAGCUGUCAAAAUGUCACUCCUACUGUAGUGUGACUUACUGGUCAUUGAUCUCUGACAAAAGCACAGCAUGUAACUAUUUGGAAGGCACCGGUGUAGAGUUCUUGAUAAAUGGUGUAGUUAAAUGGAUCCAACAAAUUUUAGUUUUAGUGCAUGUAGCUGAUAUUUGUUUUAAAAAUGCUGUAAUGUUUUUUUAUAGGACAAAUUUCAUUUCACUGACAUGUUUGCCUGUAGUAACUGCACAUCUGAUAGGCAUACCAUACUAUCGCUUCAUUAUUUGUUUUCAGAGUGACAAUAUCUAGAUCAUUUCAUGUACUGCUUCCACUAAAAUGCUAUUUAACAUUUGAAUAACUAAUAAUAAAAGUGUUACUUUGGGAAAAUUAUAUUUGGGAUCAACUGGUACAAAACAUUAACUGGUUAUAUUUUGUGAGGAUAACCUAUAGUCUGCAAUUUAGCUCUCUUACAUAUGAAUUGUGUAGAAAAUUUGGAUAGACCACUGGCGAACUUAAGUUUGGAUAUAAUCUAUAUAUAAAGAUUUAUCAUUAUUUUCUUAAACACACGGCUAAAUUAAAACCGUAUGCUGCCCUCAGUUCACAUGCAUUCACUGUCAUUGGGGUCCAUGGGAAUUGCUCAUAUUUAUUGAGGACCGUGCAUGACCUUUGGAAUCAAGAAGUUAAAUGUCUUUUACAUUAUCUUAAAUGUGAUCAAAUAUACGAAUCUUAUGACAUGCUGACAUUUGAUAAAACUAUGUUAAGAAGUAUGGAGAGACUAUUGCUGUAUUUUAAAAUUCUGACCAGAUUUUACCUCUUUGGUUAAACUGUUACUUCACUGACAUUUAAGAGCUCCUGGAUUUGAUCUGUUAAUAUUCUGAACAAUUAAAGGUAUUCUAAAUAUAAAUACAAUACAGUACACUGGAUGAUCAGUUUAAAAAAAAAAAAAGUUGGGUGUUGCCUCAUAAUUCUUGUGCAAAUUAUCAUUUAAUACUUAUGAUAGUAUUGGUACUCGUGGAGUGGAGAAAGCAUCUCAAGGUGAAUUUUUCACUGGAUAAGAGUUGUUGCUGACAUAAGUAUCUUAACACUUUAAGGGAAAAAUUCUGCCCUUGGGAUCAUACACACAACUCUGACUACAGUUGGAGUUAUACACUUCUUGGAAAAGAAUAUGGACCUAAUAUGUAGUUGGGGUUUUGCAAUUAAUCUUUUACUUUUUACUGUUAACUUUCAUAUUUGUUUUUCUUACUAAGCAUAACUACAUCAUGUAAUUUUAAAAGCUUACACAACAGCCUCGCUGUAGUACACCAGUAAUGAUACUGGUGUAUUUAAAAUUUGGUGUCUUAACUCCAGGCUCUAUGCUAACUGUACUUACACUCCACAUAACUAUUUCAGAGAUUUAAACCAUGUAAAAGUGCUUUAGUUUGGGGGGUUCUAAAUCUCUUUCCUGUUGCUGACUGGAUCUUAGUAAAAAGGCUUUUAGACCAUUUUCCCUCUCGUUUAUGAUUGGGCAGCCACUUCCCCUUACAUGCACAAUAACAUAACAUUAUAGUGGUAAUUACAGCAAUUGUUCACAUGGAAAAGAAAUAUUAGGAAAGUAUUUAUCAUUUUAGCUGUCUUCAGUGAUAUACAACGCUUUGAAACAUGGAGAUGCAGCACCAUGUAACCAGCCAGUUUUCUGCAGACUUUCUGCAGUUUUCUGCCCCAUUGUUGGGGAGAUGUAUAUUUAUGUAGUAUAGGUGACCCUGUCAGUUAUUUGAUCUGCUGUUGCCAUCUGAGGCCUUGAUCCUGAUUGUCAAAGCUCCUAAUGCGUGAGCAUUUAGCUAUAUCAGCAACUGCAUCUUCUUUUAUAACCUACCAAGACAGCUGCACUUCUUUAGGAAACACAGCACAGGGAACCCAGGACAAACCUCAUGAGAACUUGAGAGGAGGAAUGGAUCUUUCGUUAAGGGAGUGGGAGGAUAGGAUGGCUGUGGAAGGAAUUGCCAGAAGAGAAGAAAUUGAUUCAGAAUCUGACCACAGAGUAGGGUUGCCAGGUGUCCGGUUUUUGACCAGAACAUCCUUUUGAAAAGGGACCCUGGCGGUUCUGGUCAGCACUGCUGACUGGGCUGUUAAAAGUCCACUUGGCGUGUGGCUGACAGGCUUCCUGUCCCAGCUCCUCGCAGCUCCCAGGAAGCAGCUGGCAUGUCCCGCUGUCUCCUAGGCAUAGGGCCGGUCCCGGGGGCUCCAUGUGGUGUCCCUGCCACAAGUGCUGGCUCUGCAGUUCCCAUUGGCCAGGAACCGCAGCCAACAGGAGCUGUGGAGACAGCUCCUGCGGACAGGGGCAGCAUGUAGAGCCUCUUGGCUAAACCUAUGCGUAGGAGCUGGAGGGAUAUGUUGCUGCUUCCUGGUGGCUGCCUUAGGUAAGCGCUGCUCAGAGCCUGCACCCCUCACCCUCUCUCCCAAACCCCCUGCCCCAGCCUGAGAGCCUUCUCCCACACUCUGAACCCCUCAGCCCCAGCACAGAGCCCCCUUGUGCACCCCAGCUCCACCCCAGAGCCCGCCCGCCCCCCUAGCUGGAGCCCUCCCCCCCUCCUGCAUUCCAAGCCCCUGCCCUAGCCCAGUGAAAAUGAGCGAGUGAGAGUGGGGGAGAGCGAGCGAUGGAGGGCGGGAGGAAUGAAGUGAAUGGGGGCAGGGCCCAGGGCUUUCUGUGACUAGAAAGUUGGCAGCUGUACCACAGGGCAUGUUGCAAGACCCCCUUUGUAUUGAUAAAGCUUUCCUGCCAUAAUGGGAAGGACUUAAAUGAACAAAAUGUAAAAACAAAAAAAACCCUUUUCCAAGUACAGUGGACCCUUCUGCAGUUAAGGAAAGGGGAAGAGUUGGUUGCUCCAUGAAGUGCAGUUCUCUCCUCCAGUUGAAAUGGGAAGCAUUUCGAUACUACAGUAAUGUGUGCUAUCAAAAGUCCUUCGGAAAAAGUUCCAAAGGAUUAUCAGCGUGGGGUAAAAAAUAAAGAUCAGGAUAGAAGUAGUGCAUGCACAUCCUCAGCUAAACUUAAAUAACUUUGCAGAAAGAUAAGAUGUGCAAUUAAGCACUUUCAGACACUUCUUGAAACUAAGCAUAUUAAUUAGUUUUACAUACUUCAUAGUAUUCUGACAUUACCUUUGUAGUGAAGUGCUGUGACUCACAAAAUAAAUGAGACUGCGAGUAAAGAGAAAUGUGCCUGACAGUGCCAUGGUCCUGUUGAGUGCCACUACACAACCCUUAGGUUUACAGAAGUUAAUUUUCAUAAUACAUCUUCAUACCACUUGAUAAGAAAAGUCCCUGCUUUUCAUCCAGUAUAUCUAAUAGUAUAAUUACAUAAGCACAUGCCAUCUUUUUUUCUUACUUUAUCUUCUGGUUGUCUGACACUUAAAUAGGUAUAUGCAUAUGAAUUUGAAAACAUGUACCAACAUGAUUAUAGAAAUGGAGGAAAUAAAAAUCCUGGGCUUUAUUUGGGUGUUGGUUCAUGCUAUUAUACCUCUCUUCUGUUACUCAAACUUGUAGGAUUUUUCUUCUUUCUCAGUUCUUUAUAUUAUCUGAUUCAGUGAUUUGUAAAUAUUCACAUUCUUUUGUCUUUGUUUUUUAUUAUGACCCAUUACAACUGGAGUAAAUUUCACUUAAUGUUACACUAGCUGGCAUAGAAUCUGUUCUGUAGUGCAGUCUCAUAAAUUAUGUAAAUCACACAUAAUAUUCAAUACUUACAUUAAGGACACAAGAAAAAUAGUUUAUAUAUAAACAUAUAUAAUUUAAGAAUGUCAAUAUUGUUCUGGUGGGUCAAAUACUGUCUAUUACAUAGUGCUCCCAAGUAUUUCAGAGGUGAAAAUGUUAUGCUAAGCAGCCAAGACACCAGUUUUCAGAGCAUGCACAGAUUAACCAAAAAAAGUGUGUAAGUACAGAAAGCUAGAAUAAAGCCAUUAAGAGGUAAAUAAUGUAUUCAAAUGCAAAAAUGUUGCUGCUGUAAUUAAAAUAAUGUCAGUAUACGUGUUUUCUGGGGGCUUUAUAAAAUGUAAUCCUAGCAUUCCGUUUUACUUGGCAUAUAAAGUCUUCACUCAAGAGUGCAUUUUAUGAAGAUCUAAAUAAAAUUGUUAGCAAGAUGCUUAAACGUACCUAUAUUUUUACCACAUUGGGUUGCUUUCAAAUUAAAUGAUUGGAUUAAUAAAAACAGUAAUUAAGCAAAGAAAUUAUAUUACAUUAAGGUCUAAUAAACUACAACUCAAAUGUUAAUGAAAAGUUGCUUUUCAUUAGAUACAUUUUACGUGGGUUUAUUGCAUUCCUUGAUUGCAAGGAAUGCAAGUAUUUACAGCACUCUGUUUUGCUAUGUCAAAUAUAUAGGUACUUGUAUUCAUAUGCUCUACGUAUUAUGGAAACAAAAUGCUACCACCUUAUUCAAUUAGUAUUUACCCAGUUGGAGAAUGUUUAUCUUAAAAUAAGAACAAACUUCCACAGAAUAUUUUCUUUCUGAAAGCAAUUAAAUUAAUAAGAAUUCUCCACCUAACCCCCCCUCCUAUUUAGAAACCACUAAGUACUAACAUGAAUUGAUAAGCAAAGAAAUUCAAAGUUAGACUUGCCAGCCUUUACUCUUUCAUUGUGCUUUUGUGUUUAAAUAAAAAUGCAUAUGAGUUUGAAGAGCUGCGUGUCACGACUUUGAAUUUCCUGCCUAUCAUCAGAUUUUGUCUUAGCAUUUUAAACUGUUGUGUUCAUUUAUAAAUGUUUAUGCAUGUGUAUAUACACAACUACAUAUACAAAACUAUACACACAAGCAUGUAUACAAUAAGUGUGUAUAUGUGUGUAUAUAUAUAUUAAUAUAUGUAAUCAUGUUUCUGAAGAUGUUGCAUGGAAUAUUUCCUUUCAUUAGCAUUCUAGAUAGAUGGAUUGCUUAUGAAGCUUUUAAAAAUAUCAAUUAAUUAAAGCCACAAACUGGAAAGCCAAGCUAAAGCUAAGUCAAAUAAAACUUUAGAGGCCAAAAGCUGCCCUGGCUUUCGUUCUUUAAAUUAUCAAAAAUAUCUUCUAUAUUUCCAUAGAAAGUCAAAGUUAAGUUUUAGUAUCUAUAUUUGAACUUCAAUCAUAAAAUAUGUGUUGUCCCUGUAUCCUCUUGAUUUAGAAGGUGGGUGGUAUGCUUCCUUCAUCUGUAGAAAUAAAAUGGGACACUACUGUAGUUAUCAACACAUAACGGAAAUAAAAAAUUUUGUUUUCUGAAUUAUAUUGAAUAUAUAGGCUCCAGUCAUGCAGUCACUUAUGCAUGUACUUUAAGCAUAUGAAUAGCCUCAUUGACUUCAGUGGGACUACUUGUGUGUUUUAACUUAAGAAUGCAUGUGUACAGGAUCAGGGCCUAAGUGUACAUCAGCUGUCAACAUGCUUAUUAGUACCUGUAUACGGAAGAUGCUGUGUAAAAGUGAUUAUCUUCCCUCAGUGUGAGCUCAGAUGGUGUUUACAAAAAGACAAAGAAAACACUGAAUUUUUAAAUGCUGAAAUGAAAAUAGUUAGUACUCCUAUAUUAAUCAUACAUCUGACUUUUGCCCAUAAUGUUUAUAUUUUGUUAGUAAAAUCAGUUUAAUAAAGUGUAAAGGAUUUUUUCAGUUGGGCAAGAAAGAACUGAAAUACUAUGUAUUUUUAUUUUUGCACAAAGCAUGAUCUUUCUCCUUCUCCCUUUUUUAAACAAAAGCAUAACUUAUUUCAUUUUCUUUUAAAUGUCUAACCCUAUGAUUAUUGAUGCAGCAUCCCAUAACUAAUGCUGACCCAAUUUCCCAAAAAGAUGUUCAUUGUGCAUUUAAAAGGUUGAAAAGGUUUUUUGUGGUUUAAAUGUUGUUACAUAUUUUACAGCAUUAGGAUCUAUGGAAUAUUUUGACAACUGCAACAGUUCAAUGAAGUUGCAAGGAGCAAAUAAUGCAGAAAAAUUUGACUAUAUGAUGCAGUUUAUGAAUAAUAUGGCUGGUAACGAGUAUGUUGGAUUCAGUAAUGCCACGUUCCAGUCUGAAAGAGAGAGUGGAGAUCGAAAUUUUGCAAUUGGCUACUAUCUGAAAGAAAAGAAGUGUUUUCCAGAAGGCACAGACAUGGUUGCUAUAUUAGACUUCUACUUUCAGCUGUGUUCUAUCGAAGUGACCUGUGAAUCGGCUAGUGUGAUGGCAGCAACUCUGGCUAAUGGUGGCUUUUGCCCAAUUACUGGUGAAAGAGUACUGAGCCCUGAAUCAGUCCGGAAUACCUUGAGUCUAAUGCAUUCCUGUGGCAUGUAUGACUUCUCAGGACAGUUUGCCUUCCAUGUUGGACUUCCUGCAAAAUCUGGAGUUGCUGGUGGCAUUCUUCUGGUUGUUCCUAAUGUUAUGGGUCUGAUGUGCUGGUCACCUCCUUUGGACAAAAUGGGCAACAGCGUUAAAGGGAUUCACUUCUGUCAUGAACUGGUUUCUUUGUGCAAUUUCCAUAAUUAUGAUAACUUGAGGCACUUUGCAAAGAAGCUUGAUCCUCGCAGAGAAGGUGGUGAUCAGCGGGUGAAGUCUGUGAUAAAUCUCCUGUUUGCUGCCUACACUGGGGAUGUAUCUGCACUCCGAAGAUUUGCUUUGUCAGGUAUGGAUAUGGAGCAAAGAGAUUAUGAUUCACGAACAGCAUUGCAUGUAGCAGCUGCAGAAGGUCAUGUGGAAGUAGUUAAAUUUUUGCUGGAAGCCUGCAAAGUGAAUCCUUUCCCCAAAGACAGAUGGAAUAACACUCCUAUGGAUGAAGCUUUACAUUUUGGACACCAUGAUGUAUUUAAAAUUCUUCAAGAAUUCCAGGUCCAGUACACACCUCCAGAGGAUUCCAGCGAUGGAAAGGAAAAUCAAACAGUUCAUAAAAAUCUAGAUGGCUUACUCUAACCAUCUGCAGCUAGAUCCCAAGAGUCAAAUACUUACCUAUGUUAUUGUGGAAAAUGAGUAUGAAGAGCGUGUGUAUUUCUGUCUGACAGUGGUGUAUAUUUUACAGAAUAUUUCAUUUAUUUCAGUGUUACAGGAGUUUUCUUCAUGAUACGCAGCGGACAAACCCAGUCGCUCCAAAAAACAAACAAACCCCAAACAACUCCCCCCCCCCCCCCCCCCCCCCCCCCCCGAGAAUCUCCUUCCAUAAUGUGAGCAAUAUUACCUUGUGUUGCGUAUAGUUGAUGUAAAAGAAGUAUUAGCUGUUGAUGGCUUUACUGUGCACUACUUAAUUUAUUUUUGUGUUCUAUGUAUAUCUUCAAACCAUGGUCAGGAACUUUUCUGCUGAAUUUGCAUUUCUAAACCAAUCUCUUACAGUGUAGCCAAGUGGAACCAUGCUGUUGCCAUGUGCAAGUGUCAUUGUGGUUUUGCUAGAUUUCAGGAGUUGAGGAUGCUGGUGUAGAUUUAACGUGGGUGUGUUGAACAAGGAUCUGCACUUAUCUUUUUUUCCCUAAAUAAUUUCCCAUGGAACCUUGUUUACAUAGUCACCUUGUCACCUAGAUCGAUCGGUCAAUCAGCCCUCACAGAGAGAGUGCUGAUCACAACACAUUGUUCAUGAUGUUCUAGCGAGUCCUUCAGCCACCUGUUGGCCAGGCUGUCAGUGGCAUCAGACACCUGAUCGGCAUAGUACACCGCAGCCCAGAACCCCUGAGCUCAAGCGAUCUGUGAGCCUCAGCCGCCCAGGUAGCUAGGAUUAAGGUGCGUGCCACCUUGACUGAUUGUUUACAUAGUAUAAAUCUCAAAAUAAUAUAUUGGUGACAUUUGUCAAUGGUCUGGGCUAAUUGUUCUUAGAGAAUUUUUUCAGGGAAUCUGUUUUAAGGUUGGUUUGAUGACCAAAUGCCAUGGAGGAAUAUCACUUGUUUGACUUGUUUUUUUUUUUUAAGCUGUUUCUUUCAAAUGCCCAUUGUCUAGCCUCUCUCUCUGUCCAUAUUCAGCUGCUGAAGUGCUUUCCCUUUAGUUGGUGAAAGCAGGUGCUUCCAAAGUAUGCAUUGGUUCCUGACAGGCAUAUGUGCAUCAUGCGGGAUCUUGUACGCUGCAAAAUAAUUCAUCUCAGUCUUAUGUUUUGUCCUUAGCUGCAACUGCACCAAAAACCUUUUAGGGGAAUGUAAGUAUAUGAAAGGCAAAAUACUAAACCAAAUGUUCUAAAUGAGUUAGGCUCACAAUAAAAAACACUCAUGGAGUGAAACAGCUUAAAGAGGCAUAAAGCUAAUCAAAGCAUGAGCCAGGUUGUGGAUAUGCCAAACUGUGGGUCUAUCUCUCUCCUUAUGCUGGCAUAAAUCCUUGAAUAGUUUUCUUGAAGCUUCUGAAGUUACACUGGUGUAAAACAAGUAAGGGAUCAGAAACAGGGCCACAAAUCAAGCAGUUCAUUUGUGUGUGAACUAUUGCAUUUGCCCUCUUCACAUGGUAGUCUGUGCCCCACGUACGCCAGUCGUUAGAAAUUUAAAUCCAAAUACUCUAUUUUGGGGACCAUUACACUAUGUCAGCUUCUUGCCCAAUGCAACAAUAUGUCUGAUUACUGACACUACAAUAUGAGUGAAGUCCUGUUUUAAAAAAAAAAAAAAAAAUCUGAGUAGGAGUAUCUAUUUCACAUUUGUUGGAAGUAGGUGAUAAUCAAGAAUCAGGCAGUGUAUUGGACUAAGACCAUUUGUGGGAACUGCACACAUCUCAAAGAUAUGGCAGUAAUAAUAAUUCAUCCAUAAAUCUCAAGGUGUCCACUUUACAGAUGGUGAAACUGAGGCAUGGAGCGGUCACCCAGCAAGUCAGUGGCAGAGGCAAGGUAUGGAACCCUUGUCUCCUGCGUCCCACUCCAGUGCUCUAGCCACUAUGCACAUUGCCUCCCCUAAGGAGGAGAAAUCAAACGGAGGCACUUGAUAUUCAGCACAAACAGUGGCCUAUCUCAUAAUAAAGAUGCUGUCCUGUAGUAGUGCGAAAGCCUAAACCCCUGAAAUCUGAUUGGUAAAAAUGCUUGCCUGGCAUCAGUCACUCCCCUCCUUCUCCCCCCCGCCCCCCCAAUCUGAUAUUACUGCUCUCAAACUGCUUUUUGCCUCAAGUCAAUUAUUCACUCGAAGGCCUCAUGCUUUUAUAACCUUCACCUUUCAUGCCUUGUGUCGCAGCCACCCUCCUCCUUAACCAAGAACUGGAUGGGAUUCCCUUUGAACCCUUCUUGGCCAGAUGGGUCACUGUUGAGAGCACAAGGCCCUGUCUCUGCUGCACUCCUACAGAGGAUAAAACGAGGCAAACUAAAUCCCAUGUUUUCCUCUAACAUUCUUGGACCUACCAAAUUGAUCCUAUGGGAGUAAAAUUUCUCAGGUUGGGUUCCGGGGGUACUGAUUAGGUCUCAAGCUAUGAGACACAUUCUGUUUAACUAAUCAGAUUUCUAUGUAUCUCUCUCUGGUUUGCUAAGAAAAUGUAUCCUCUGUUCUCAGAAAAAAUGUGAGUGAUUUAUUUUGAUGUAAUUGAAAUCAAUAAAUUUACUUUGCUCAAACAAUAACCUUUUCAAAAGGUAGGUAUAUGUCCUGAGAAGAUAAAGGCAUUUUAAUUAAAUAGCAUAGAGAUUAUGGCUGUCCCUGAACCUAACGUUUUCCUCCACCAUAUUAAGAGCUUUUCGCUAGAAUUUUAGCACCAAUGCAUUUUCACCAGGAUAGUUUUAGCAUUUUCUCAUUGUACCAGGAGAUCUUAUUUUGCAAAGAUUUGUGCCCAGUGGAAGCAGUGCAUUUAUAUAUGCAAUUAUUUAUAAAUAUAUGUAGUUCACUGGUUUGGCUGCUCAUCAUUGCUGGCACUGACAUGUAGAUUUUAAUUUAAAUGGCUUUUGUUGUGUUAUCAAAUGCUGACAUCCUUAUGCUCCAAAGAGUUUUCUGUGUUAUGUCGUAUAUGUGCUGCUUAAGUAUCACAGCAACUAGAAAUGGUUCAUCUAACUUAAUGCUUUGUACAUAGAAAUAUUGUGCUGGUCUUAGCCUUAAUUAUCCCAUCUUUUUGUGAAAAAUGUGAUGUACUCGGCUGAUACCUUUUUAGCUGCAGAGCUGGACUGUCAAUGAGUGUUUUUAUUGAUGCUGUACUAUCAGCAAUUGUAACUGAUUGGUGUGACAUUUUAGAUUCCUUAUUGUGGGGAAUAGACAGUGAUGAAUGUAUUUGCUUUCAGCAAUUUUCCUGUAAGUGAAUCUAAAUUUAAAAAUAUUUGAGCUGUACUGGUUCUGAAAAUGAAAGAUAUUUAUUUUAAUGAAUAAAAUCCAGGUAUUGUUGCUUUUUACAGCACAAUUAAAAAGGAAUACCAAAAAAUA